GAGUCAGCUGUAACAACUAAGAAGGGUAGUUGGCGCGACCAUCAAGCCAAAACAAAUCCUCUUCUCUCUGUAAACAUGUCAUCUACCAUUUUUCUCAGUAGUCCCUCACUACCCAAAAUCCUAGGACUCCCAAGUUCAAACCUUUGUCCACUCUGAAAUCCCAGAAAGCUAUUUUUAAACUUGAACCAAAACCCAUUUAAACCCAAUGGCUUUUCCACUGUUACCAAUCAUUUUCAUCUUCUUCUUCACCAUCACUCUCAUCCCACUUACAUUCUCUGUUCCUUUCAUCGUUUUUCAUGGCAUUGGAGAUAAAUGCAGCAAUCAAGGAGUCACACACUUUACGGAGCUCUUAAGCAAAUGGUCUGGUUCUCAAGGAUAUUGCGUAGAAAUUGGGGAUGGAUCAUGGGAUUCCUGGACAAUGCCUUUACUGGAACAGACGGCUAUUGCUUGUGAGAAGGUUAAAAAUAUGAAUGAAUUAAGUGAUGGUUACAACAUAGUUGGACUUUCUCAGGGUAACAUGGUUGGUAGAGGAGUAGUUGAAUUUUGUGAUGGUGGACCUCCUGUCAGAAAUUUUGUAUCACUAGCAGGUCCCCACGCCGGUACCGCUUCUAUUCCAUUUUGUGGAUCGGAGUGGCUUUGUGUUCUCCUGGACGACUUAAUCAAGUCAGAGAUCUACAGCAGCUUUAUCCAGGAACAUUUGGCUCCAAGUGGUUAUGUUAAAAUCCCUACUGAUAUUGCUGCCUAUCUAAAAGGGUGUACAUUUCUUCCAAAGCUGAACAAUGAAAUCAAUUUUAAGAGAAAUUCCACAUAUAAGGAACGAUUUGCAAGCUUAGAGAAUUUGGUGCUUAUUAUGUUUGAGCAAGACACCAUAUUGAUACCCAAGGAGACCUCCUGGUUUGGAUAUUUCCCAGAUGGGGCCUAUGAUCCUAUAUUGCCUGCACAAGAGACUGAGCUGUACAUUGAAGACUGGAUUGGUUUGAAAACCUUGGACGAAGCUGGAAAAGUCAAGUUCAUAAACGUGUCAGGUAAUCAUCUGGCCAUCACGAGAAGUGACAUGAAAAAGUAUGUUGUGCCGUACUUGGAAGAUGGAACAUCAAAGCAAACGAUGAUAGCAGAGCCCUCGUCACAAAAAUUACUUUCAUCAGCUUGGAACUUCCUCUUGGAAUUUGCUGGGCUCAAAGAGGAUUGACAAUUGGUGCCGACCGUGGUGUAGCGUUGAGAGGCAUAAUAUAUGUGUGAAUAAGAAAUACAAAAUUUUCACAAUAUAAGGGUUGUUGAGUGAUUGAUAACACGUAUACACGCUGCUCGUUUGGAAAUGUUGUAGAGUUCAAUGCGACUUUGUCAUGUCUGUUUAUAUGCAUCACUGAGAAUUGAGAGCAGGAACACAUGGGCUUAUUGGUUCGACUAUUUAUAAAUUGUAUGAAGAACAAUGAAACUCAAGUCGAUAAAUGGUCA